GUAAUUUGUACUACACUUUCAAUUUUGAGCUAGGCUUUAAUUUGAAUUUUCCGUAGUUAUUUUUCAAAACUAAUUAUUCCAUUAAGCUGUUUAAUUUUAACACAUAUUUCUUUCUAUAUUAUUUAAAUACCGCUAAACUGGCGUCCGAAAAUUAUCCUAAGAAAAUGCUAGACGGAUGGUAUUGUCGGUCUAUAGCUAAUAUGCAGGCCAAUGAAGCGGCAAGUGCGAGUAAUAGCGUUAGUGCGGAUAACACUCAUAGUCGGGACUCCCGCAAAGACUAUUCAAGUGAUAGCAGUAGUGAUCCCGAGCCCGAACCUAAUUACAGGGCACACUAUUUAACUUUGAAAAAGAAAUUAAAGUAUCUUAUAUAUGAAAAUGAGUGCUUUCAAGAUGCUUUAAGAUGCAGUCAAAAACGGUUACUGAAAGUAUCUCGAGAUAGAAGUUUUCUAUUAGACCGAUUACUUCAGUAUGAAAAACAUGAUAGUUCCACCUCGGACAGUGAAGACACAGAGUCCUCUGAUGAUGCCACUUACAAUAAUGCUGAAGUUGUAAAAAGAAAAAAACCCGAAACGAGUGCAACUCAACAAUCUUUACCCACUCCAUCAGCAGUCAACAAAGGUCUCAAUAACACCAUGAAAAGGAAAAGAGCUGUUGUCCCUAAAAAAACACCAAAUGCUAAUAAUCCACAUCAAGCUAGUGCUGCUGCAGUGAAGUGUUCGCCUCUUGGUCUUGGUUUAUCCGCUGGAGAUGGACACAUGACCCCCGAGGAGGUGGAGCGGCACUUGCAGUCUCGACAGUCUUACUUGGAACUGCUGCCAGAACGCGCGCCGCCCACUGUACCUACCGAAAUGUUCAGCAAUGACCCGUCACUUGAUAGUGAAUCCAAUGACGUUUUGGAAAACUCGCCCAAUGUCGACGAAUGGCUUGAUUAACAGUUCCUGUACAUCGCUACGGUGAGAGCGCGAUCAGAAACUACAACGCCAAGAAAAAAUGAUGUUGUCAGAUAUAUUCUUAGAGAUGUAUUAUUUUUAAGUGAUAUCAAUAAAUGUUUAGUGAAA